AUGUCGAACCUCCCAGGUGAUAUCGUUUUCCGCAUACUAUCGACGUUCCCUCCAGAAUCAACAUGCAGAUUCAGGUGCAUUUGCAAACACUGGUACAACUCAUUCGAUCCCCAUUAUUUUAUGGAAAGUCGUCCUAAACACAGUAUCACAAAGUCAUCAUCAAACUUUGAAAAUAACCAGCAUGAGUCUGUUAAGUUGAUUUCUCCAUUCAAAGAUACAAACCGUCUGAAUGUUGAGAUUGUUGGUUCUUGUGAUGGUUUGAUAUUGUUGAAAGUUUCUUGCAAUGGUUGGUUUUCAAAGAAAAGCUAUAGAGAUUUUCAGACGGAGACUCACUGGCUUUGGAAUCCAAGUACAGAAGAGUUGAAAGAAAUAUUAAAUCCACAAAUUAUAUAUGGACGAAAGUAUCAAGGAAGUUACGUCUAUAUAUCCAGUGUUACAUAUGCGGUUGGUUAUAAUUCGAAUACCAAUGAUCACACGAUUGUGGUAGCUAUCUGUUUUGGUAGUAAUAAUAUUUGUCAUGGUUGCAAAAUUCAGGUUUAUACAUCAGAAUCGAAUUCUUGGAAAACCUUGCCCAACAUUUUUCCUUAUGAAAUUUUUGGUAAGUACGAUAAGCCUGAAGUAGUAUUUUUUCGUGGAGCUUUUGACUGGAUAGGGAGGCAACUUGGAUCCAAGAAAAAAUGCAUUAUUUCUUUAGAUAUCCAUGGAGAGAACUUCAAAGAAGUAGCUGUCACCCCUCACUAA